AUGCCCAUUGCCGCCAUGUGGUGUCGUCAGAGGAACCGAAAAACUCGUCGCGAACGUUGGUUAUCUUCUAGUUUUGUCGGCCUUGGAGUUUUCACGUCCAAUAAAUACAUUGAUGAUAAUUCUGGAUGGUACCUCAUCACGGCAAAAUUCUGGCGAAGUAUUAGAAACUUCAAGAUCGAUAGCCCACUCACCGAUCCUACUGCCUUUGUCUGUGGCAUCUACUGGCAGGCUGCGCAGGCCAGUUCGUUGGAGAACAUUGAGUUUUAG